AUGAUGCUUUCGCACCUUGUAUUCGUUCUACUAGCAACCAUUCGGCUGGCCGUCGGUUCCAAGCCCGGCUUUGUCCAACCAUCCCAUGGCUACAUCGUUGAGUACAAGGAUGGCAUCACAAAGCGCGACAGCAUCUUCUCUCACCAUGCCAACGUCAAGAUCGUACGCGAUUUCCACAGCGACAUUUUCUAUGGCGCGAACAUCGAAGCCGACAAACGUACUAUUGAGGAGCUCCUGGCUCUGCCCGACGUAGCCCGUAUUUGGCCUAACCGCGUUUACGAACCAAUGAGGGUCAUUAUGCGAGAUUCGACAGACAAUUCAACCAACCUGCCACCUGGUGCUGGACUCGAUCCCGACUUCUACGACGUGCACAAUUCAACGGGCGUAUGGGCUCUGCAUCAACAAGGUAUCAAGGGCAAAGGCGUCAAGAUUGCUGUUGUGGAUACGGGUGUCGACUACACUCACCCCGACCUGGGCGGCGGGUUCGGGCCGGGGUUCAGGGUUGCUGGUGGAUAUGACUUUGCAGGGGAUGGUAAUUGGCCCAAAGGCCCUAGGGAGCCUGACGAAGACCCAAUGGGCCUGCAAGACCAUGGCACGCACGUUGCCGGCAUUGUUGCUGGCAAGGGUGAAAAAUGGAGCGGCGUCGCACCGGAAGCCACUAUUUACGCAUACAAAACGUACGCGCGGGACGGCACCGACGAGGCCAUCAACAUUGACGCUUUUCUCGCGGCGUACGAGUCCGGCGUUGAUAUUAUCACAGCGAGUAUUGGUCUUGGCGGCGGAUGGUCUGAUGGUGCUUGGGAGGAGGUCGCGACGCGCCUUGCAGCCAAGGGCGUUGUCAUCACAGUGUCUGUUGGCAAUGGUGGCGACGGUGGACCUUUCCGUGCCUUGUCUCCUUCUGGUGCCAAGGGCGUCCUUGCUGUUUCCAACGUUGAUACAUUCUGGAACCGCGAUGCAAACAUUGUCACACCCGAGUCUACGACUUCUUGGGGACCCCUCUUCGACCUCCAGCUGAAACCCGACGUCGGCGCCCCGGGAACGAACAUCUACAGCACAGUGUUCAACCACGGCUGGGCUGUGUACAGUGGUACUUCCAUGGCGACGCCCUACCUUGCAGGAGUUGCAGCACUCUAUAUCGGCCACUUUGGCGGUCGUGGUACGCAGCACGGAGCUGAAUUUGCCAAGUUUAUGCACAACCGCCUCGUCUCUAACGUUCGCAAGGUCAACCAGUGGAGCUGGAGCGAUCCAACGGCUACUAUCGCACAAGUUGGGAGCGGAUUGAUCAACGCCACGAGUCUUUUCGCUUCGAAAACGGACUUGGUGUACGAGCCCAUGGCCCUGAACGACACUCGAUUCUUCUCUCGCUAUCAUAAGGUCACGGUUAUCAACAACAGCGACAAGCCCGUGGAGUAUCAAUUCACCAAAGAAGACUCGAUUGGUGUGAAUACUCUGGGCAACGGUGACUACGACACGAUCGUCAAGGAGUUUGGCUACCUACAGUGGAAUGCGUAUUCCAUCAAUGCCACUCUACCCAAAACAUUCACCCUCAAGCCUGGCAAGAGUAAAGAGGUUACCGUCACCUUCCAGAAUCCUGACAUGUCAGACUGGUACAAGCCAGUCCUGCCCCUUUACAGUGGCAACAUCAUUAUCACGGGGUCCAACAGCGAUCGUUUAGCGGUGCCGUUCCUCGGCGUAGGCGCUGACCUGAAGCGCACCUUUAAGAAGAUGUUCCUGACUGAGCCACAAAUGCGGUCGCUCGAUCCGCCUGUCGUGCAGGGCCUUAAUGGUUCCGUUCCGACCUUCUCUUUCAACCUCACCGCCCAGGAUUUCCCCAUCAUCGAUGCCGGUAUCGGUUGGGCCACACGUCAAUUACGGUACGACAUCUUCGCGAAGGGUUGGGAGAAGCGAUCGUGGUACUGGCCUCUCGUGCCUGGUAAAAAUGGAUACGUGGGUUCAGGGACUUGGUGGGUAGGCUCCGGACAGGUGCCCAAGUGGUUCGACACGUUGGGUUGGAACCCAGACGAAACGAAUGACUAUCCCCAAGUCAACACUGGUCGAGCUGCAGGCAUGCCGGGAUACGACAAGCGCGAGUACUGGUGGUUCGGCAAGCUUGCAAACGGCACCAAGAUUGCCGAUGGUGAGUAUGUAUUGAGGUUCGCAGCCUUGGUGCCCUUUGGCCGACCGGAGGCAGCGGACAAUUGGGAUGCCUGGACCUUGCCGUUCAGAGUCAAAGGAUAG